AUGUCGAAUUCUGAGUGCGAAGUGAGGUGCAAGGCCUUGACUGUUUUUGAAAGGAAUUGCCGAUCUGAGGAUUGCGCGGCCGACCUGCAGCUCCGGGGUAAACUGCUGCUCUCUAGUGUUGAUGAGAAAACCCAGUAUCUAGCUUUGGGAGCUGUGAAGAAUCUCUCUCUAAACAUCUCUAUUGCCAACCUUGGGGAUGAUGCCUAUGAUGCCAACGUGUCAUUCAACGUUUCCCGGGAGCUCUUCUUCAUCAACAUGUGGCAGAAGGAGGAGAUGGGCAUUUCCUGUGAGCUGCUGGACUCCGACUUCCUCAAAUGCAGCGUGGGAUUUCCUUUCAUGAGGUCAAAGUCGAAGUACGAAUUCAGCGUCAUCUUUGAUACAAGCCACCUGUCUGGGGAAGAGGACGUUCUCAGCUUCAUCGUGACUGCUCAGAGUGGCAACGUGGAGCGCCCCGAGUCCCUGCACGACAACACCCUCACCUUGACGGUGCCGCUGGUGCAUGAGGUGGACUCGUCCAUCGCUGGAGUCGUAUCUCCAAGCUCCUUCAUGUAUGGCGAGUCUGUGGACACAUCCAACUUCAUUCAGCUGGAUGACCUGGAGUGCCAUUUCCAGCGCCUCAACGUCACCCUUCAGGUCUAUAACACUGGCCCGAGUACCCUUCCUGGGUCAUCCGUCAGCGUCUCGUUCCCCAGUCGACUGUCGCCUGGUGGUGCAGAGAUGUUUCAUGUCCAGGAGAUGGUGGUGGGCCAAGAGAAGGGAAACUGCUCUUUCCAGAAAAACCCAACCCCCUGCAUCAUCCCUCAGGAACAGGAAAAUAUCUUCCACACGAUAUUUGCUUUUUUCACGAAGUCUGGAAGAAAAGUCUUGGAUUGUGAAAAACCAGGAGUUUCUUGCCUAACCAUGCACUGUAACCUUAGUGCUCUUGCUAAAGAAGAAAGUCGCACUAUAGACAUUUACCUGCUGCUGAACACAGAGAUAUUAAAGAAGGACAGUUCAUCUGUCAUCCAGUUCAUGGGACGAGCCAAGGUGAAGACGGAUCCCGCCCUGAGGGUGGUGGAAAUACCUCAUGGGAACCCGGAAGAGAUGACGGUGGUCUUUGAAGCCUUGCACAAUCUGGAGCCCCGAGGCUACGUGGUGGGGUGGAUCAUCGCUAUCAGUUUGCUGGUGGGAAUCCUCAUCUUCCUGCUACUGGCUGUGCUGCUCUGGAAGAUGGGCUUCUUUCGCCGAAGGUACAAAGAAAUCAUUGAGGCCGAGAAGAACCGAAAAGAGAACGAAGACAGUUGGGACUGGGUCCAGAAAAACCAGUGACCUGCCAUACCAGUCACAUGACCUAAUCACUAGCCUGUCGUCCUUGAUCUUUGUAUCUUCCAUAUUUGGAAGAAAAAAAAAA